AUGAGCAUAUUUCCAUUUUAAGUUUAAAUAAAAUUAAUUAAUAACUAUCAUUAGAUUAUAGAUAAUAUUAUUUAGAUAUAGCCAAGAAGAGUUUAAAUAGUUUAUAAGAAAGCAGUUGUUUUUCAAAUAUAAUUUAUAAAACUGAAUUUCAGAAAAAGAUAAGAUAAAAGUAUAAAAAGAAAUAAAUUUAUUAAAAAAAAGGAAAACAAAAAAAAAAUAAAAAAGAGUAAUUCUUUUAUACAAAAUGUAGUGAGCUAAAAUUAUGAGUAAUGGAAGCUUGAAUAAAUGUAGCAAAUAGACUAUUAAAAAAAAAGAGGCAAAAAUGUAAAUUCAGAAGGAUAUAGCUUGAGAAUGGAUUAGAAUUAGAAUAAUGGAAAUAAUUAAUAAGGAAAUUGCAAUUCUUAAUUGGAUAAUUGUGUUGACUAUUAAAAUAAACAAGGGAAAACAGAUUAUGAAAUGAAUUGGCAAUAUUUAAAGAAAGAUAGAGAACCUAUAGGUGAAUUAUAAGUAGUAUUAAAUGGUAAUGUUGUAACAAUUUUGAAACAAUAAAUAAAGUCAAAUGGAAAAAGAUAAAAUAGAAAAUAUAGUGAUUAAGAAACUUAUGCAAUGAGUAAUAAUAUUUUAGGUCCAAAAUUUAAUGAUAUCCCAUGUCCACAGUUUCUAAAUUUCUGA